GGCUUCCAGGCCGCCCUGCCUGCGGCCAUGGAGAUCGUGACGGGCGACAGGUACUUGGACAUGCUGGCGCGCUUCGUGGAGGAGAACGUCGCGGCGCUGCUGGACGGGAGCAGGGUGCUCAAGCUCAACCCGCUGGGCCUGCACUACCUCCAGGCGCGGCUGGAUUCGCUGCAGGAGCUGGAGCAGCUGCACACGGCGGCGCCCGUGGACUACCUGCGCGCUUACAUCGCGGACCUUGGCGACCACCGGGCUCUAGAGCUGCUCCGCCGUGUCCUUGGGCUGCUGGCCAGUGUCAAGGUCGUGUCGCUUGUGCAAUCCCCUGCUCGGGAUCCCACGCCCAUCAAUCUGCUGCCGUUCGAGAGGCUGCGGUCGCUGGAGCUCCGGGGCUGCGACUUGUCCACCUCCGCCGCCAGGGGCCUCCUCCACCUCCGCCCCCACCUGGAGAAGCUCAUCUGCCACAACUCCACGGAUGCUCUGCGCCAUGUCCUGGCCGAGCGGAUGGUGGACAUUGGCAGCGCGCAGCCGUGGAGCCGCCUCGCCUCCGUCUCGUGCGCCUGCAACGCGCUGCCCGUCAUGGACGACUCGUUGCACUUGCUACCAGCUGUGGAGGUGCUCGACCUCCGCAGGAACAGGCUGACGCACGUCCUCAACCUUGGCAGCUGCAAGCAGAUCAAGUUUCUAGACCUGGGCUUCAACUGGAUCCAGUCCGUGUCCAGGCUAGACCAGGUGUCCUCCUCUCUCACCACUCUUAUCCUCAGGUUCAACGCGCUCUCCAUUACCAGGGGCAUCGACACCCUUGUCCUACUCCGCCAUCUCGACAUCUCGCACAACACCAUCUCCAACUUUGGCGAGCUGGAGAGGUUUGGCGGCUUGCGCUUCCUUUCGUCGCUCUGCCUCCAAGGGAAUCCCGUCACCUACGCUCGUGACUAUCGGGAGAAAGUGUUCAGCUUCUUUCCGGACCCUGGCAAGCUCUGUUUGGACGGCCGGUGCCUGUCGAGGAUCGAGGAAUGGAAAGUACACAAGCUGUCUCGCAAGAGAUGCAAGCCGGACGGUGCCUUUGGCUUGUAUGCUCCUGCUCUGAAACCUGUGGUGCCACACGAAGCUGCGGUGUCCAGAGGCAAGAAGAAAAGCUCCCGGCUUGCGGUCAUCGCCAACGAGGACGGUGUUUCGACGCGUGCAGAGCAGGCACUGGAUGCAACUGCAGCAGCCAUGAGCCCAGACACGCAAGCGGCGGAGGCCAGGCUACACCGCCUGGUGACGCGUGCGCAGGCUCUGAAGAAGGACAAGCAAACCAUGUGGCUGGCCGAUGUGUCCGACCUGUUUGAAAUGGAGGAGGGCAGCAGCCAGGCCGAGCCCGCGACGAGGAACGAUAGCUUCCAGAGGGUGAAGCAAGGCAGCAGACGAAAGAGACGAGGUGGCGGCUUGGUGUCAGCGCGGGCGGCAGCAGGGCGCGGGGAGGUGGCCACCUCCAACAAAGUGCUCAACAAGCUCAUAAACAAGCAAGCGUCGCCCACCUCUCGAACGUCCCCGCCGCAUUUCAACAGGGGCGUGUUGGAGCGGCGGCACAAGCUCUUGCAAGUGAGCCUCGGCCAGCCCACUGUGGAAACCUCCGACUCGUCGACAAGCACGAGCGACCAAGACGCCUCCGUUGACGAUGCCGCUCCCGCUGCGGCUCCGGCGGCCGCUGCUCACCAUCAUGUGCUGGGUGGUGACGACGACGAGAGCUGCUUCUCAAAUGCGAUGUGGGUUGGCUCGUCGGCAUCACGAGACGGCGGUGGAGACGGCGAGGGCAGCGAGCUGCAAUCGCAAGAGGUGGACAAGCUCAAGAUGUCAAGGCAGGCGUGGCGGGUUGCUCCGGUGGCCGCCUCCCCAGAGUUGUAACUUGCUUGGAUUGAGAGUGUAAUGACACAAGUGGGCAUAGCAUAGCCUAGGGUUU